AUGACGAGCCCAGACCAAGAUCCGUACCGUGACUACGAUGGCACACUUGCAUGGCACCCGGGCAUGUCUCCGUUUGGACUUGUCGUCUCCGUUAUUUCCGCAGAGACUGCAUCUUCUGAGACUGCCACCUCUGAGAAUACGAUUACUGGGCUCGAGUACAUACCGCAAAUACCGGAUUCUGUGCGGAUUCAUACGCGAGAGGCGUAUGUCAGUAUAAUAGCAGAUGUGGUAUUUAAAAUGGCAAUUGGCUUUACAGCGGUCGGGGAGACAAAUGAACAGAUAGUUGACGGAAGGCGGAUAGUGGGUGUCUCGUGGCACAUGGGCCGCUUCGCAGAUGAUGCUAUUCGGAAGACUUUUACAAAGCUCAAGGAGGAAAACGCUAAGGUCAUAAGAGAAUCCCCGGACGCCAUCAAGGCGAAGGAAGAAAGUAUGGUGGAGGCCGAGCGAAGGCACAACGCUGCUCUCAGUGACUGGAUCCAAAUGGAACAAUCGUCCCGGAGAGGUGUGAAAUCUAGCCUUCGUUAG